GUAAGCAAGAGGAAAAAAUAAAUCGGAAAACCCUCCCAACAGCUAUAGAAAAACAAAACGCUUUCCGUCUUAAUUUUCGUAAUCAUUAGCUUGGCGGAAAAGUUUAUCUCAACACCAUACAAAAUUUUCAUUAACGAAACCGGUAAUUGGACACGUUUUUCCCCCGGUUAUUAGUGCAAAGGCUUGAUUUCUUAUCUUUACUUCCGUUUCCGCCACAACUGUGUGUGUGUGUGUUUGUGUGUGUGCGUGCGUGUACGUGCUUAGCAAAGAAUAAUUUGAGUACUUCACAAUUGUAAACAAAGAAGGGUCAGUGGCCAUUUAGCGAUUUUAAGUGCACCGUGGCAGUGUAUGUGUGCUGUGUUGCGGGAAAUUCUUGCUUAAAUUGAUUUUCCUGAAUAAUUUAUGGUGGGUUCAACAAAGGCUUUUUAACGUCUAAAGCAAGUGACGAGUGAUUUCUUAAUGGAAUAUCAUUUUGGGUUAACCAUUGUUUAAAAGGAAUAUUAUCAAUUUGCUACCAAGAGACAACACUGGGUAUUGUGGGACCGUCUUACCUUCUGCUGCUUUUGUUUGUUAAAACAUGCGAAGAGACUAGAUAUCCCAGCGCUUUACUUCCCCGGGAAGCCAAACAAAAGAGAGAAGUAAGCGCAUUCCCCAUCCUUGGGGGCGGGUAGCUAACAUCACUUAAGUCAUAACAAUAAACCAGGAAAGGGACACCACUAUCAACACCAUUACAGCGCGGAACAACAACCUUCAGCGAUUGCAUCAAUCACAAAACAAAAUUCAAUAUCCGCCUUGGCCCCAGUUUCCUUUGGGCCAUUUCGCCAUAGUGAAUUUCCCAAGGACAAGCAACAUUAGUGUCACCAUGCCGGGCUCUUGUCAGCGCAUACGUUUGCCUUCGCUGACUUCGGUGCUAAAAUCGACGCGUGCCAACAGUGCGGACUACCCAUCAUCGUCGUCCUCAUCCAAACGCUGCAAUUCAUCCACCCACUCUUCCAAUCUGACGCGUAAACAGCAACAUCGCAUUGUGGUUAUGGGGGCGGCCAAAGUGGGCAAGACUUGCAUCAUAUCGCAGUUUCUCUAUGACAAAUUCAAUCCCCGCUAUAAGCAAACAGUGGAGGAAUUACAUCGCGGCGAAUAUGAUUUACCCGAUGGCUCUGCACUGACACUGGACAUUCUGGAUACCUCGGGUUCAUAUGAGUUUCCUGCCAUGCGUAGCCUGUCGAUAAGUUCGGGGGCGGCAUUUGUGCUUGUCUAUGAUGUGAACGACAGAGAAUCCUGGUAUGAGGUGGAAAGAUUACGCAAUUUGAUUAUCACACAAAAGGGUACAAAGCCUCCCAUUGUUGUCGUUGGCAAUAAGACUGACAUAGACGAAAGCGAGCGUCAAGUGGAGUACGAGGUCACCGAAAUGGUUGUUUGUGAGGAUUGGCACUGCGGUUACAUUGAGUGCUCGGCCAAGGACAACAUUGGCAUUGUGCCCAUAUUCAAAGAACUUUUGGUACAGGCCAACAUACGCUACAAUCUUAGUCCUGCGGUGCGUCGAAGGCGUCAGUCUUUGCCCUCAUUCACCUCGGCCAAAGGUAGCAAGAGUCCCUCACAUCGCGGGGCGUUUAAAAGGCAUUCGUGUACCAUGACCUAAAGGAUUAAGGACCACAACAAUGGCGAAAUGCAUGACUGUGACAUUUGUGGCAACAUCAGCGAAUACAACAUCUUGUGGCACAGCAUCUUUUUGAGGUUGUGGCGUGAAAUAUUUGCAUGCAUGACCUUAAGAAACUGAGCAUCACACAAAACAACACCAGAAAUCCGCCUCAACUUUCCUAAGAACAUGCUGUGGCUAAUUACCCUGGGUGAGUGUGCUGGCGUUCUUGAGUUUUAAAUUCGAGACGGGUUUGGAUGAUGGCCCCAACAACUUUGUGUUGGUGUAACCAUGUGAUGCACUAAACUUAAUGACAAAUAAUAACAAGUAGUAAUUAACAAAUAGCCCUUAGUCCUUAAGAAUGACAGCCAA